UAUCAAUACUUUUUCAUUUAUAGUCUGCACAUACUAAUUACAUCAUUGGCCAUUAUGGGUCAUCUGUAUGGUUGCAUGAUUCCUAUGAUUGUUGAAUUGUAUUUUGAGUCCAACUGAGUGUAUGUUCUUUUCUUCAGGAGUAAAUGUAUGCAAUGAAAAGCUUUUGGAUUUGGAUUUUGUUUCAAUGUUUUUAUUUUAAAGAUGUGAAAGCUCGAAUUGCUCCGCUAGAUCCAGAGUCACAACAAGCAGUUGGUCUUGAGAAUGGAAAAAUACCAGACAAACAAAUAUAUGCUGAAGACAGCGUACAUUUUGGCAGCUUCGAAGCACGAUAUUGUCGUUUAAACAAUAAGUCUGCAUGGUGUAUUGAGAAUGACCCAACAGCAUUAGAUGAAUAUUUUUCUAAUAAACUUGCUAUAAGUGUUGAUUUUAUAUACAACCUUCAGAUAAAUGCCAUUGCCUUGCAAGGCUAUAAAACUUACCGUUAUGGUAAAGACAUUUGGAUUCGCUAUUUUCAUGGAGGGUCAAUGAAUAAUUACAUUGAGAAUGGUCAAAAGACACACAUCGUGAAAACCUUGAACCUUAAAGGUGACGACUAUGAAUAUCUUAUACUAAAUCCACCAAUACAUGCAUCCAAAUUACUUGUAAAGAUAAAAAAAGGAGCUAAUACGAAAUGUCUACGCAUGGAAAUGUAUGGUAACGUACCUGGUAAAGUGCCUCAACGCAAGGAAUUUAAUGAAUGUACCCAGACGAACAUUGGCCUUGUAACAAAAGAUUUGGGAAAAACAUUCUUUACGCAGACCGGAUUUCUUGCACAGCAAAUCUCAUUCAACGCAGAACAUUUACCGACCAAUAUGCCAUACGCGUGGUGUUUAAAAAAAGAUAAUAUAUCAUUGCCUUACGAAGAUUGGGCUUCUGUCAAUCUUAAAAUAAACCAGUUGGUAUAUGGUCUUCGUGUUGAUGGUUUUAGAGAUACCAUUGAUAAACCAAGUGACAAAUAUCUCCCAACAUUCUUUAAGUUCCAGUACAGCUUAGAUUCUAACCUUUGGGCAGAUUAUGAAGGAGGACGGGAAUUACGAAGCUUGAACUACAGUUUAGUCAGCGGAAAAAAAUUACUGUUCAAGGUUCCGCUUUUAGCACAAUAUGUUCGCAUCAGAAUGAAAAUUGAUAAUCCUACCAUAACAUGCAUUAAACUUCAAGUGUAUGGUUGUCCAGCUAUAAAAGCACCAGAUUUAACCACCACUCCACUUACCACACCUAACUCAACUAAUCACACAAUAGAAAAAGCUCGCAUCUUCCAUUACAAAAUAUAUCAAGGUGACUCCAACUCGAUGCAUUCUUGGGAAGACACAAAAUACCCUUACAAUCCCACACUCAAAGAAGGUUUCUUAUCUCGUAACACUGGCUGCCUUACUGAUGGGGAACACUUAAAAACUUCAAGUCCAUUAACUUCAGACUGUUGGGUUGGUUGGAACAAAACUUCACGCCCGAAACCAUUACUUGCUCUUACCUUAACUGCUGUAUCAAAAAUUUACGCUGUUAAGCUUUUAGCAUAUGUAAAUGAAAGUGCGCAGGCUGGCACUAUUCAAAAAUUUUCUGUGGAAGCUGGUAGAUCUGUUCCCAUACCGACACUUGGUUAUGUAUGUGCUCCCGAUUCAAUGUACUAUAUUAGCCCACAAGUGAUUGAGUAUACAAUAGAUUUGGGAGGAAUAUUGGCGAAGGAGAUCAGUAUCAAAUUUGAUUAUUCUAUGGAGUGGAUUUUUUUGCGACAAGUUUCAAUUGUUCAAGAAAGUUCUGCAGUUGUUGCAGCAUUGAAGUUAUCACCACAGUUUUUAACUUGUAAAGCACCAGAAAAACCAGGCCCGACCACGGAAAAGGACGGUGGCAAUAAUAUUAUAAUUAUUGUUUGUGCUGUGCUCGCGUUUCUCUUCUUAUGUCUCCUUAUCUUCAUCAUAUAUCACUAUCGCACUAGCUUGCACAAAGUUUUUAAAUCGCGAGCGAACAGGCCUAUCUAUGUUCGGAAUCAUUACGACCAUCAGAGCGAGGAUCGAGUGCUUCUUAAUUCACCGUCGGAGAAUCACAGAGGAUUCAGCAACACUUCAACGCCUUACGCUAAAGUUUCCUAUAAGGGGGAUAAGUCAGAUGACGUUUACGCAGCCCCAGAUGUCACUUUCUUUGCGUCCAACAAGAACAGUAGCGUUGGAAAGGACGCAGAAAGCAACUAUGCAAAAUAUAGCGCUCCAAACUCAGAUAAUCAAAGUGGUACCACAAACAGCUCUUUGAUGUACGCUCAACCAAACCUCAAGCAACAAUAUGCCGAACCAAACCAUCCGAGCACGAUUUAUCAAGGCUCUGCUAUUUACGCAAGUACAUACGAAAAUCCGUAUAAGGCAGUCCUCCCGUCUACUAUGUACUCUGAUCCUGAUCACGUGGUACCAGGUAGAGGUCAUUCCCAGAGAAAAGCCUGUCGAAUUUUUCCACGUAAUCAGUUGACGUUUAAAGAAAAAAUUGGCGUAGGACAAUUCGGCGAGGUGCAAAUUGCAGAAGCAUCCGGUCUAGACGAAAUUUACGGAACUAUUGGACAUUACAACUCGUGGGGUUUACCAGACACAGCACUUGUUGCUGUGAAAUUAUUGAAGUCCGAAGACAAAAACAUUGAGAGUGAAUUCAUGAAAGAGGUUGAUGUAAUGGCCAGGCUACAGCACGAAAAUGUCGUACGACUUUUGGGUGUUUGUAAAGAACCUCCGGUCUUAAUGGUGGUGGAAUAUAUGGAAAAUGGAGAUUUGAAUCAAUUUCUUAGAGAUCGAAAACCAGCCCAGACAGACAACGUUCGCAUUAGUCAAGUAGCUUCCAACGUACUACUUUUAGACACGUUGCUGCAUAUGAUACAACAGAUAACUGCUGGCAUGAAAUAUUUACAUUCAGAAGGCUUCAUUCAUCGAGACUUGGCAACGAGGAACUGUCUAGUUGGACCAGCCUAUCAGGUUAAGAUAUCUGACUUUGGAAUGAGUCGUUAUCUUUACUCAAAGCAUUACUACCGUGUUGAAGGAAAAGCUGUACUGCCGAUUCGUUGGAUGGCUCCUGAGUGCAUUUUUUAUGGUAAAUUUACUCAAACUACCGACAUCUGGAGUUUUGGUGUGACGUUAUGGGAGAUUUUCACCUUUGCCCGAGAUUCUCCUUACUCUGAUUUAACCGAUCCACAAGUGAUUGAGAACGCCUGCGAUUGUAUACAAAACACAAACAAACAGUUUCCGUAUUUAGAACAGCCAGGCACGUGUCCUGAUGACGUGUACGAGCUCAUGGUCAAGUGUUGGCACAAAUCCGCGGAAAGUCGACCGCCUUUCGCUUACUUGUACCAGAUUUUUAACGAAAAAUGUAACAGCAGUGACAUGGGAGAUAUUUAAUUUUAAAUUUAAUCUAGAGAGGUGGUUUAAGUAUGUACGACUGGGGAAGGCAGGCGUCGCUUAAGUAGUAUAUUUUUGGAGACUCAUAUUUUUAACUGCAAAGACAUGUGUAAUCUUGUUACAGAUUUGUUAUUUCUAAGGUGGUUCACCUAGUCUAAAAGGUCUAAAAAUUGACCAAUUUUUAAUCUGGUCAGAAGAUAGUGAUAAGUUUAGUGGAGAUUUUUUUUAGUCUUCUAGAUUUUCGUAUUAGCUUUUACAAUGCCAGUUGUAGUUAGAACGCUUUUUUGUAAUGUACAGUGAUGCAAAAUAAGAACAAUGGUAAGGUUAAAUAUUUUUUUUUCUUUUUUCUCAAACUCGGUAAACCUAAAUUUUAAAUCUAGCUAGGUUUACCUCAUAUAAGAUUUUCUUAUACCCUACGGAUAUUUAGGUAUUUUACCCGGCAAUUUUUGGACUUUUUUCUCUAAAUUAUUCUAAAAAACUAACAUUUAUACCAUUAAUUAAUUUUUAUUUUGGGUAUUAGGUAGUAGAUAUGUUAAAAGUAUAUUUUUAUAUGUUUAGCACCAAAAUAAAGUCAUGACAGACGCAAAGCUAUAUUAAAUUGUUUUUUCUCUAAACUGUCUUUCAUAAUAUUUGUCCAGUUGUCAGCGUUUGUUCUGUCUUUUGUUUUGUUUUUAGUUUCGUUAGAUCGCACAUAUCACGUUGUACGAUAUUUUUAUGAUGCUUUGAAUAAACGCCGUCCUUCUAAUGACGCCCCCUUUUGAUUAAACGCCUUAUUCUAAACAAUCUAAUUCGUUGGAUUUCACAGAUUAGGGCGUUCGUAAAAACUCAAAAUAACUAUUAGAAGAUAUGUUCAAUGCUUAUUAAUAACGAUGUAGAUGUUAUGUGGAAAAUAUUUUCAAUUUUAACAAAAAAAAAUUACAAAUUAAUUUUUGAACUCCUUUUCCUUGACGCCCUUUAAAAAUUUAAACGCCCGGGCGUUAAUUUAAAGCGUCAUAGUAUUCUUUUUUUCAGCAGGUUUAACCACAUAAGUUCUGAGGAGUGUUUAUAAUAUUUAUUUUGUGUUUCGUGUUUUGUACUGUCUAUAAUAACGACGAAUAAAAAAGUGAAAUUAUAUUCUUUUUUUUUUUUUUAUUCAAAGUCAUGUUACACACUAAAUUUAUUAUCCUUGUGAUAUGUUUUCGACAGUUUGUAAGAAUUUAGGCUGUUGGUCCAACUUCCUUAUUUGUUUGUAUUUGUUUAUAUUUUUUGAAGAAUAUGCGUUGUAAAUAAACUUAUAACAUUGAACAAUAACAUAAAAUUAUCA